AUGGCGGCAGCCUUCAAGUGGUUUCGGGAAGCCGCAGAAGCUGGCUCCAUCCAUGCGAAGAAUGACCUUGGCGACAUGUACCGGCUUGGGCAUGGCACCAAACAGGACUACUCAAACGCCAUUUAUUGGUAUCAGAAGGUUACUGUGGAGCUGUCGGAUAUUCUGGCAGCCGAUCCGCGGCUACCUUCUGCACAGAGGAACAAAACCUCCGUUGCCCGAUCCUUCAACAGCCUCGGAGCCAUGUACGCCUCCGGCUGGGGUGUUGCCAAGAAUCGGAAUCGGGCCAUUGAGUACCUGGAGCAGGCGGAGGCUCUGGGGCACCCGCAUGCGAAGCGCAACCUGGAGAGCCUGCGUCCUGCGAAGAAGGAGACGAUCCAAGCAGAGCUGUAG